GCGCGGUAGAACGAUGGAACGCGAACGCGAUACAUUGUAACAAAGACUCCCAUUAGGGACCAUCACAGACCAGUCUAUGCCAUGAGGAGUCAGAAGUCCCGUGGCCAGACGUCAGCCACACCUUCCCGCCAACGCUUGCCACGCUUCAGUCUUCACUCCAGGAGAAAGAAAGAAGGUGUAAUCCAGGGAAAGCUGCGUAUCCGUUCCAUGCCGGGUGCCUUUCUGUUGCUUGGGAUGGUGGUUGUUGUUGUUGGCACUGCGCUUGCCGUGGCAGGCUACUGGCCGUACAGGACCCAUCGAUCAUCAGUGGACACGGCAGAGGAAGGAUACUCUGGAAGUGCAUCAGGAUGGGGAUUAGGGUCCAAAGGACUGUUUUCAGCAGCAAGUCUGGUUCAUAGUGAAAGGAUGAAACUACUUGGACCUGUCAUUAUGGGAGUGGGACUCUUCAUACUUAUUUGUGCCAAUACGGUACUCUAUGAGAAUCGGGAUAGAGAAACUCAAAUGCUUCUGGCUCAGAUGCGGAGUGUCAUUUGCUCUGUUUCUGCAGCCGUGCCUUCGGCAGACCUCUUGCAGGUGAACGCUCUUGCCAGGCACUACCAAUGGGUCAGCAGUUUACCUGCAGCCCACCUGAAUAUCCUCUGCCUCCAAGAAAUGUCCAGUUCGGAGCCUCUACUACAAGUAAAGAGCAUGGAUGAGGAGGACAGCAUUCAGCAGCAAGAUACAGUACACACUGAGGUUCUUCAUCAUCAGGACUCUUCCUCCACAUCCUCGAUUCACUCCUCCAACUCUUGCAAUGACAGCAAAGAGUUUUUUUGCACAGAGGAACGGGUGACAAACUCUGCACUGGAUCUGCGGGAAGAAAGUCACUUUGGACUAAGCAACUGUAUGACUGCAUCCUCUAUGUCCACUCUGGGUGGGGAGGAAUUGGAGAUCUUCUCCAUCCCACCCAGACGCUCCUACAGCAUGAGCCAUAGGACUAAACCACAUAUACUGCCCAGGGAUCUGGUGUAUUCUGAGGACAAGCCUGUGUCUUCUAUGGGUCACUAUAGACUCCUUCCAAGGCAGUCCAGCUCAGAGGUGUGUGUGAACAUGGUUGGAGUUGGCGUUACAAGCCUUGACCUUAUACCUGUGGAAGAGCAGAAACACAGCAGCUGGCCUCGGCUAGAUCUCGGAAGCGCCAAGAAGUAUCUCAAGCUGGAGAACAAAGAGGACUCCGUGGACAAGUUACUGGACCAGCUUGAGCAGCAAUGCUUGCAGUUGAACAAAAGCUAUGGCUCAGGUCCCUUCCAAUGAGCCGAAGUUUAAUCUUUACAUCAAGGUCAAUGGCUUGCCUGAGCCAAUGGUAAUAAGAAGGAGCCUUAUAUAAUGAUAUACACUUGGAAUAACCCAACCUACAAUUGGGCACAAGUUUCCAGUGGAUAUUGUUUGCACAGUUUCUGGAAUCCCUUGAGGUCAAUUAACUUCCAUGACCUAGUCAUUUAUCUCACUUGACUAGUUUUGUAACUUGCUUGUUUUUGGGAUUUAAUUUGUUUUUGUCACUAGUUUGUUCGGAGACUUGAUGGAAUGAAAAUAUAAACACACGUCCUGAAGGAAGCUAGGGAUGGAGGUAUAUUACAGUCAUUUGAAUGUGCUAAACAGCUUGUGAUGUCAUAGAUGAUUGGGUGGAUUCCAAUUGGAGGGAUCCAUUUGUUAUUGUUGCUAAAGCCCUACUUGUUACUGGGACACAGCAAGCAACAUUUCUUAGUCUACGAGGUAGAAUAAACGAAGACCUCGGCAGUGACUAGAUUCAAAGUAAACACAUUUCUGACUUCCGAAUUCAGGUCAGCCAAAAACAUGGCUCUGGUUUUGAUAGUUUUAUAGGCCAAAAAAUAAAGAAUGCUGGUUAUUUGACUCAUAAGUGGAUUGAAACUGUGUGUCUGCUAUUGGAGAGUUCAUUUGUAUGCAAGGUAAUGAGGUAAUGCAACCUCAGUUGCAGUGUCUGUUAAUAUUUUGUGUCUGGUUUCCUUGAGUAUCUGUUCUUCUUGUGUUUCACCUUUCUUCCAUCUCUGCCAGGCGGCAGUGAAACAGAAGCAUUGUCAAUGAGGGUGCAGUGCCCUCUUGGCAUCAUUAACUAAGGUGAUCAGUGUUUUUGCAUGCACUAAUGCGGGUACAUAAUUGCUUUCCCUUUAAAGGGUGGAGUUGGAGUGAUCCCGUCUUUGCAAUGAGAAUGUGUAACUUCACUCUGUUUACAAAAAUAAGGCAGUCACUCGUCUCUAUUACGUCCAUGUAGCCUGUUUUUGUGCGCUGUGUUAUUUGCCGUGGGUUCUUAAUG